AAAAAGAAAAGUGAAAGAAAGCGGUGAGAAAAUCGAUUUAUAAAAUUCUCUUCCCUUCACCGACCUCCGCUUCUCCUUCCCCACUCUCGAUGCUUCCGGCGAAGUUGUUGGAUAGGCAGAGACCGCGCGACCUCGAGAGCUCGAGGAGGAUUUCGGAUUAGGACGGCCGCCGGCCUCUCCCGUCCUCUCUCAUGGCUUCCGAUUUCGCACUGUCGGUUCCGGCUGAGCUCGAAUCGGCUCUGCGGUUGAAGAACGUGCAGUAUUUAGUUACCCAAAGACCAUGGUUAGAUCUUUAUGGAAUACAUGUCAGACCGGUUGCUCCAUUUGGGAGUGUGAGUAGGAAACCCUAUGUGGAUCCAGCCCCGAUCCAUCGUUGCCUCCCUGAUGAGCUUCUUCAUGAGGUCUUUGCGCGAUUAGCUCCAUAUGACUUAGGAAGGGCUUCUUGUGUGUGUAGAAAAUGGAGGUACAGCAUUCGGAACCCCAUAUUUUGGCGUAAUGCAUGCUUGAAGGCUUGGCAGGUCUCGGGAGUUGUGGAAAAUUACAAGAUUUUGCAGAAAAAAUACGCAGGCUCUUGGAGGAAGAUGUGGCUUGACAGACCAAGGGUUCGUACUGAUGGUCUGUAUGUCAGUAGAAAUACCUACAUUCGUACUGGAGUUGCUGAGUGGACGGUUACCAACCCAGUGCAUUUGGUCUGUUAUUUCCGUUAUAUAAGAUUCUUUCCUUCGGGGAGGUUUCUUUACAAGAAUUCCUCUCAAAAAGUGAAAGACGUUGCAAAAUCCAUGAACUUUCGUGCAUCUAAAACGGAUUCUGUUUUCGGCGGCCACUACACAUUGUCUGAUGACAAGGUUGAAGCUGCUCUUUUGUAUCCGGGCACGCGGCCUACAGUUUUAAGAAUCCGACUAAGGUUGAGAGGAACAACUGCAGGGGCCAACAACAGAAUGGAUAUGCUAUCCCUCGUUACAAGUGGAGUGAACGAUAAUGAGUUCCAGGGCGAUGGAGAAGCAAUCCUUGGAGUGGUUGAAGGGUGGCAGGAUGAUGAAACUCACAAUCCAGAUGUUCCUGCCAUAUUGCACAAGAGGGGUCUAACCUUUGUCUUUGUUCCGUUUGAAGAGGUGGAGAAAUCAGUUCUUAAUCUUCCGGUCGAUAAGAUGGAUUUCUUCGUACCUGGCUGACAAUAAAACUGUGGUUCUCAAUAGGCAUUUGCGCUUUGUUUUGUGUUUCUGUAAAUAAUCCUGCAAGCAAGUUGGGCAUAUUCAUACAUGGUCCUAAAAUAUGUGUUCUUUCUUCUCUCUGUCGCCACACUGUAAGAUAAGAUAAGGUCUGUUGGUGUUGUCUCGUCAUGGAAUAUUUCUUGUUUCCCCUGUUGGGGAUUUGGGGGCAAUUGUCAUGCUUUUUAUACAGCAGUUCGAUUUGAAAGAAUUUGCCAAAUAAUUGUGAUUGCCAUUA